UUGAUUAUUUUGCUAAGAUUUUCUUUCAAGAUGUCUCGCUCAAAGGUCCAUCCGUCUAUAACAGCCAUCAACCCAAAAGAACUUCGAGAAGUCCAGAAAAUACACGAACUUGGGCAGAAAUAUUGGCCCAAGAUCGACAUUCGUCGCUUUGAGGCAGAAGAAAGUAAAACUGACGUCCAGCUAGGUAGAUACUACUUCCGACAUCCCUGGGCAAGAAUCUGCGUAUCGUAUUUGGUAGUGUUCUGCAACUUCUUGAUCUUUGCAGAGGAUCCGGUUUCUCACAGCUAYACAGAAUGUACCAUUAACUAUAUUGGGGAUGUGUAUUCUCUGAUGUUCAUUCGAUGGCCAAAAGGCUCCUUUAUUCUGGUGAAGCUCGGUACAUGGCUGUUCGCUGUAGGUUUGGGUCUACUAGUUGGAAAGUACCUCAUUCACAAGUAUCUCUUCUGCUACAAGUUCAAACUUAAGAUUUUUACCGAAGACGGACAAGGUUCCUGGAUGGUCAUGUUUCUCUCUUGUUUCUUUUUCUUGUAUAUCUUUACUUUCGUGUAUAAUGGUUUUCUGAUGCUAGAAGGUAAAUACAUGGAUAAACUACACGCACGACCUCAGAUGGAUAUUGAGAGCCAAACGUUCAUGAAGAUGUGUGCGUUUAGUGUGUGGCUGGGUGAUUUCAUCACCGCGUGGAUGGUAACGGAUAUGAUGUUACAGGGUCUCAAAUAUCCAGACUGGGCCAAAGGGUUAAGAAAUUUCUGGAAGAAAGGUCUCAACAGAGUCUAUGCCUUCUGGGCCCUUGCUGUAAUCAUGACGAUAGUAGUAGCRACAGCCAUCGGUACAGAUUACCUCAACUGGGAUAAGAUCAGCAGGGAUUUCAUGCCAACCAAUGAGCUAUCGAGGUCGUUUUUAUCUUCGUUUAUAAUUGUAAUGGAUUUGCUGAUUGGCUACAUAUAUACCAUCUCAGAUAAGCAAUUUUUAAGGUGGGCUAAUGACAGUAUUCGUACGUACGACUGGCGAUGGUCACAUAUCAAUCCAAAGACGAACCGCACCUAUGGCUCAGACGACAUAAAAAUGAACUCAAAAUACAAAGGCUACUCGUUGGGACUGAAAGGCUUAGCUUUCGUGCCCAGUCUCCUUUGCUUCUGUUUGUUUGGCUACCUUUUAUGGCUGUUUAGCAAGGAGGAGAAUGGUGACGAGGCACUUAUAAGGAGAUAUCGUUGUGAUGUCAGAAGGGAAAGGCAACGUAAAAGAGUUAGAAGAAAGAGACGGAGAGCUGAGAGGUUGAAAAGAAAAUCAGAAAACUCUGACAAUAUGCAAAACACUACCGUYGUCAACCUCGCUGUCAACCAAUCAGAUAGGCAGAAAGAAAAGACUGACAUGUURGACGCGGCGUUCUUUCUAGACGACGCCGAAGAMGAAGAACAGAAAGAAGACGAAAACACAGCCGAAGCCCAACCAAUCAAACCAAAGAAAGACUUCAAGUACUAUUUACGUCAUCCCUAUUUUCGGCUGUUUACGUCAUACUUUGUGGUGUUUUGUAACUUUCUKAUAUUUGCYGAGGACCCAGUCUCUCACAGUUGYUCGGACUGCAUCGUAGAUAUCAUUGGUAACAUUUAUUCGUUUAUUGGCGCGAGAUAUCCUCCACAUCUUGGCUACUGUGUUCUCAAAGUUUUCAUGUUCGUUCUCUCCGUUAUCAGUGGGAUUAUUGUUGGGAAAUUCUUCUUUCAUCGAUGGCUUUUCUGCCGAGUAUGGAAAAUCAAGAUUUUCUCAGAAGAUGGUCAGGGUUCGUGGAUGGUGAUGCUCAUGACAACAAUGUUGUUCGCAUGGGUCUGGGGAUUUUGCUAUAAUGAAUUCCUUGUCCUUGGAAAUCCAGAAUACAUUCCAUAUAAAGUCAGCAAGAACAUGGGAAUUAAGAAUGAAACCUUCAUGAAGGUUGCUGCAAUGUGCACGUGGUUUGGGGAUUUCAUCACCGCAUGGAUGGUUACUGACAUGAUGCUGCAGGACUGGGAAUUYCCCUCAUUCGCAGGCGGUACCAACAUCAAACUACCUGGUGUGAACACAGGAGACGUAAGGUUUAAUCUUCCAGGUGGUGAAGUUAACAUUUCAGGCAAGUGGUUCAACUAUGGGAUUAUCUUCAUUGUGAUGAUCCUGGACCUCAACAUGUGGAAGAACCAAAUAUUUUACGAGCCCUUUGCUUACGGGCAAUACACGGACAGUGAAGAUCACAUAUACACAGUAUGUAAUCGUACCUGGCUUAGGAAUGCAACGAGAGAAAUGCUUACGUACGAAUGGAGGUGGAACAACACCAACCCAUGGACAAAUGAAACCUAUGGCUUAGAGGACCAGAGAACGAACUCCAAGUAUAUAGGGUACCCCCUCAGUGUUAAGGGAAUCGCGUUCGGACCCUCCAUUGCAGCAUUUGUCCUCUUUGGGUUUUUGGCGAAGAAGUUUUCAAAAGAUGACGAGGAAGAAAGGAAUCGMCAGAAGAAGCCUUUUGUUGCCGUACAAGAAGAAGACGAGGACGAUUGGUACGUUGAAGAUGAAGUAGACGCGAAAGAGGGCUAUAAUAGGACACAUAGACGCUCAGAGGACCAAAGACUAGCGGAUCAAUUAGACAUGGAUGAAGCUGGUAUGGAAUUAAAGCCGUUUAGACGAGCAGGGAGAGACCAUAGCAUAACAGACGAYAAAAGAGAACAGAUAGAGAAYGUACCAGAAGGCAGCGACGAAGAUAAUGACGACGAUGSCAAGUUGUCGAUCGCUCAAAUUGCGCGUUUCAAGGUGUAUGGAAGAGCCAUGACCCAAAAAAGGAAAAUUACAGAAACCAUUGCAGCAAAUUCUCUUAUCAGUCUCAACGAUUCAGAAAACGAUUUUGGCACUCCCACAAAACAAAUCAGCAAAUCAAAAACAAGUUUAACAAGUGGUCAACAAGGUAGCAAAGCGUCAUUGUCUUCUUCUGACCACCCCUACGCCGCCAGAAACGACGCAAACAGCAUGGGCUCCAAUGACUCUGGAGAAGAAAGCGAUGCACCGAAAGAGCUGUCUUUUGCAAACCUUCAAACUGACGAAGAGAGACGUCCCAGCAGGGGAAAAGAGAACUGGGAAAAACUGAGAGACAAAACGGCGAUGUCGUUUGGGGAUUUGUUCCGCGCCUCCAACGCUGAAGGGUCUCAARGUUCGUUACAAUCCGUGCAAAAUGAAGAUGAAGGAGAUCCCCCUCGUGGMAGGGGUUUAUCGACCACAAACUUACUGCAAGUUCCAGACGUGCGUGGCAAGUCGCACAAGAGAUAAGCACCUGGUUUGCCUGGUUUCRAAGGUUUUGGAACAUUUCGAUUGCUACUUUAAGAGUACUUCACGAAAUGAGAAUUGGAAGCUAAAUGUGUAAACGAAUUCUUGUUAAAUCAUGUGAUGCAAUAGACCUCUGAAGCUUUAUUUAGGAUUUUUUUAAAAUGAAGAAGAGGAAACAAUAGAUUUAAGAAUUUUUCACGGUCAAAUGAAGCGACUCUGUCGACAGUAUAAAAUAGUCUUCUUGACGGUUCCCUGCUCCAUCUUGAAAGGUAGCCGUGCCUUUACAUCGAGGCGAGACGAACGUUGAGCGUGCAAUGAUAUAUAGAAACGUUCUUUCAUACCUACAGACAAUUAUUCACAGGUAUCUAUAAUUGCACGGUCAACGGUUGCCUCGCUUCGAUUAAAGGCAAAGCUACCUUUCAAGAUGGCGCAGGGAACCGUGAAGGAGACUACACUGGAAAAAAUCGCGCGCGUUAA